AGCAAUUACACAGGAUGCUUACCGCUUCAUAUUACUGUAAAAUGGAAUCAAACUAUUACAAAACUUCAAAUGCGUAAUAAUGUAACUUGCCACUGUUUUACAAAUUCACGGUGAAUUUGUGCGAUAUUUAAUUUUGGAAACAGGCAGAAACGAACAUUCUGCAAAAAGUUUGACUGGGUUCCAAGUAUUCGAUAGAUUUGCGAUAUGCAUUGGUCAACCAUAAUUAAGAAAACACAGUGGAUCUGGAUCGUUUUUCUUCAGGUGCAGUUUGAAGGGAUAUCCAGCUUAUCACCGUUGUGGGAUUCUGUCACAACAAAUGUUUACCAAGAAUACGAUGUACAAGAAGGAGACGAUAUUUUAACUGUUCGAGUAAACAUGGGCGAAUAUAGUUCAACCGAUUUGGUCGUGGGUGAAGAUAUUCGUAGAGAUGCUCGUCUUAUCUUGACUUGCAUUGCUCACCAUGGACCGGCAGAAUGGGUCUACAGUGGCGAUGGGAACCCAAAUUAUAUCAGGAACACGACAACGGAGAACAUCGGAAGUGAUGGUAAGCGACUUCCCAUGGAAGAAACGAACGGAGCGGCCAAGCGCUAUAUUGCGACAUUGACGCUGGGUCAAACGGGGAUCACGACGACGAAAGACACUGGAAGGUACAAUUGCUUGACGGCCUCUCCUGAAACUGGGAUGAAGUACAAAACCAUCUCUGCCUAUUAUCAUGUCUACGUCCCGGCCAAGCAGAAACUAUUUAUUCGUAAGCCAGAAGACGUGUAUUACGAUCUUAACAAAUCCGCUGCUCGAAUACCGUGUGGCGUUACCAAUCCAAAGGCCUCCGUGACACUACAGAAGUUUGUGCAGGGAAAUCUCGAGUUUAUUCCAAAUGAGAGUAUGCUGUACCAUCCAAUCUCUGGUUAUUACCCAAAAAAUGACAUCCGAGGCACAUAUUUAUGCACAGCAGCUUUCAACAACACGUUCGAUUUUGUUUAUUUUACGUUGGCCGCCAGCACUGAUCAAAAUACUAAGAAGUUUGGUAAAAGACCAUCCAAGAAACCUUUUGGAUAUGUAAAACCAGAAGAUUUAGAGUGGUUAAUGUACCCGAGUAAUACGCGAUCGACCAUAAAAACUACCAAACGUCCCAAACCUUCUCCGACAAGUUCAGUGAAAACGCCAUACGUCCCAUUCCAUCUGCGUUACAGCACCACAACUUAUGGACCCUUCCAAACUUUUUAUACAGUUCAAACAACGACCCCAAAGUCACCCUACAACAAGUACAAAACUAGACCGACAGUGAAAACCAACCCGUUCAAUUCAGAAAAAUAUCCUUCAGAACUAUUCAAUCUAAGGCCAGUUACAAAAGGGCCAUAUUCUCAAGAGAUUGACGACCAACAGCAAGAUGUUGGCCUUCCUUUCCCUGAAGAUUUGAUCUCAUACAGACCUGUGUUGAACAAUUUUAAAAACACACGCCCUUCUCACACUGCAAAUCAAACUGCCUUCCAGAUUUUUAAUUCCAAGAAACCCACACCGCCCAUAGUCGUUCAAACGACGCCUCGAACAAUGCAAAGAAAUACGAGGACGACGCCACGAAAAUAUCGACCAUACACGAUGCCAACAACACAAAUGCCUAUCGUAAUUCCCGAAAGUGUUAUCUGUUCACAAUUUACCUGCGGAGUCAACGCCGUUUGUUUCGCCAGCAUGAUCUACAACCGCACAACCAAAGAAUUGAAUGCUGAACCUGGUUGCAAAUGUGUAGAAAAUCAUUUAGGGAAUCCGUACUUGAACUGCUAUUUACCUAAAGUAGCGAUGGACCCAAAUUUGUUAUUAUUUAAUCUCUCUGCAUUCGGACGAAGUCCCCUUUUAGAAGAGGCAAUUUACAGCACUAGUGAAAGUGAAUCUGGCUCACAAACUGAUAGUAGUGGUUCGAACGAUGAAGAACAUCAUACGAAUAAUGGAAAAACAACUUCUGUUGACAUAAUUGACAUGUGAUGAUGGGCCAACAAAAUGCAUGCACAUAUGUAUUUAGAUUGCACUUUACUUAAAACUAUAACUCUAUAAAUAAAAUUACAUACUAAAUAUAAACGC